AUGAUCGUAGAGAACUGGGACUCCUUCUAUCAGCAGGCAGUGGACCUGUAUCGCAACAACCCGCUGAAGACCCGGUUUGUCACCAAAUACCGGCACUGCGACGGCAAGCUGGUGCUGAAGGUCACAGACGACAGCACGUGCUUGCAAUACAAGACGGAUCAACAGGCAGACCUGAAGAAAGUAGAGAAGUUGAACCGGGUCUUCUUUGAGCUGAUGGCGACAGGGCAGGCGCCGGCAGGUGCGUCAGAACAGGACCAUUUCCCUGCAUCGAAUGCCUGCUCUUACAACGAUCAGGCAUAG